GGCCUUACAAAAACGAGUCAGGAUAUCGGCCUCAACACACUCACACUCGCUCCUCCUUCCGUCUUUUUUAAGCUUUUUUGUCGUUUUUUUCCUUCUCGAGGAGUUCCUUUCGCCUCAGGAUGGUUGGCACACGGGUGUACGUGGGAGGCCUGAGCUACCGUGUGGGCGAGAGGGAUCUAGAGAGAUUCUUCAGGGGUUUCGGGCGGCUCAGGGACAUUGUCAUCAAGAAUGGCUUUGCAUUUGUGGAAUUCGAUGACUACAGGGAUGCUGACGAUGCAGUAUAUGAGAUGAACGGCAAAGACCUGAUGGGAGAGAGACGCCAGGGGAAGGAGGAAGAAGGAAGGAGGUCCCGGCGUGCAGGAGAGAUGUUGGGGAGCCCUCGUCUGAGCCGGGACUUUGUCUUGCUUUGCAGGGUCCUGGUGGAGUUUGCCCGCGGGACCAGGUCAGCUGGCGGGGGCAGCUUCUAUACGGGCACAUUUUCCCGCAGGACUCGCGCUCCAUGGAUGGAAAAAGUGAUGGUGGAGAAGGCGCGCGCAUCCCCCCGGGUGCGAUGGCCGCGUGGUGGCGGUGGCGGGGGUGGGCAGCACCAAAACAGACCGCAGCAAUUCAGGUAUGGGCUGCCGACACGAACAGACUACAGGCUAGUCGUUGAGAACCUGUCGAGCCGUGUGUCCUGGCAGGACCUUAAAGACUUCAUGCGACAGGCCGGGGAAGUCACGUAUGCAGAUGCGCACAAACACCGCAGAAAUGAAGGGGUUGUGGAAUUUGCCACAUAUGCUGACAUGAAGGGAGCUCUGGAGAAACUGGAUGGCAAAGAACUCCAUGGCAGGCGUAUCCGCCUCAUCAAUGACUACAACUCUCGGCGGUCGCGCAGGUCCCACUCACGCUCCUCUUCCAGAUCACGCUCCAGGUCUCGCUCACGUUCUAGGUCAAGGUCAAGAAGCCAUUCCAGAUCACGUUCUCAUUCACGCUCAAAGUCGCAUUCACCUUCACGUUCAAGGUCCCGCUCAAGAGACAAGCGUAACAGGAAGUCCCACUCCAAGUCUCGAUCCAAGUCACAUUCCCGAUCCAAGUCCAGAUCAAGAUCGCAGUCUAGGUCGCGAUCCAGGUCACGUUCAAGGUCACCCACUAGAUCCAGAUCCAGGUCCAGGUCUCGUUCACACUCCAAGGAAAAGUCAAAGUCCAGGUCUCAGUCACGGCACCGCAGUAAAUCCCCCAGCAAAGCAGAGUCAAUGAGCCGCUCCCUCUCUAACAGCCCAAGAGAGGAGGAAGCAAUGGAUGAACACUGAGAAACAGCAGAGCGGGCUAGUUGAAUGUUCUGAUCUAUUUUUACUACACCAUACACAGCAAGAAUUUCUGAGCUGUCUUGUAGGGGUGGAAGGUGUAGGGAGGGAGGAGUUUCAAGUGGUACGCAAAGUGAUGCUUGGCUGAAAUAAGAGUCUACGACAUCAGCUGUGUUUUUGAGAGGAUAGCAGAAGGUUUUCCCUAUUUUUGGGUAAAUUGUCCUGUAAGGGGCAUGCAUUUCAAAAAUGAUAAUGACAAGUAAUAGAUAAAAUAACAAGUAAAUGCGAAUAAUUAGCAUUGGUGCCAUGUCAUGUAUUUAUACUUAGUUUGUAUUUUGGGUUGUUAACUGUUAUGCAGUGAGUGUUUUUCUUUUUCUUUUGUUGCCUUACUCUUUAUUGAUUUUUUUUUUAAUACAUUUUUGUGCUGUAAUUACUGAAAGGGAGAGUUUACAGUGAUAUAAGGAGCUAAAAUGUGAAAACAUCAAAAUGAUAAUUACUCAAGUGAACACUAGUACCUGAACUUUACUAUUUAGUGUCAAACUUCCUCACUCACAAAGAGGAAACUAUCCAAUAUCUGCCUGUGAUGUGAGAAAGGGAUGCAGGUUACAGCUAUUGUGUUGUGAUUACUUAAUGAGCUAUAUUUGUUAUUAGUGCAUUUUUGUUUCUUUUUUUAUUCUUUCUUUUUUUCAUCUUCAUUUUUCCCUGCUUUUCCUCUCUUUUUGGUGUGGGAGUGAGGGGAAAAGGAGAAUAUUGCAUUAUUUUGUACAUGAUUUCUGUUGUAUCACAUCUUUCAAUACCACUUAUAAUGACUCAGUGAACAGCUGUUUUUACUACAUUGGGCAGCUGUCUAUUAUUGCAUUAGGCAAAUAUAGGUGAGAAAAUAGCUAUGGAAAGUGGUUUCUUUCCAUGCACAAAGGAAUUGAGUGGUUAAAGGUUGUAAUGUACAGUUUUACCUGAAUGAUUGGGCUAGGUAUGUGUGUGUGCUUUUGAAGUUAUGUCGUGUUCUUCACGGAUUUGAAUUUUUAUACUUAGGGAUAAGUAGGUCAGCUUAUACAUAUAUUUCUCUCCUCUUCUCUCUCAGCCUUUCUUUUCCUUUCUUCCCCCUUUCUUUUCUCUUUCCUUUCCUUUUUCUCUCUCUUUUUUCUUUUCUCUCUCCUUUUUCUCUUUCU